UCAUCCAGAGCUAAACAAUCUUCAGACAUUACAUCAUGGCGGCAAGAUUUCCUGAAGGAAACCAAGUUCAGCUCCGACCUCGAAAAGGUCAUGACAUGACAUGGUCAUGUGACAAGCAUGGUGAGCCAAUCGCAUUUUACUGUAAGAAACACGGACUACCCGUAUGUGAUCGUUGCGCUAUCAAAGAACAUUGCCAAAAACCAUGUGAGCUAGACGAUAUCGAGGAUGUCAUCUUUGAGAGGAGAAAAAAACUGGAUGAGAAACGACCAAAAAUACAGGAACUUCAGAAAGAAAUGAAAGCCGUAGAUUUAAAAAUAAAGACAGCUUUAGCUUUCAGUGAUACUAAUCUACAGACCAUAAACAACAACAUUCAAGCAUCGUAUCACAACAAGAUCAAAUCUGUUAAGGAAAAGGAGGACAGAAUGAUUAGGGUGAUUAACGAGGAGGCAGAUGAGGAAAUAAGACUGGUAAAUGAGAAGAGAGAAAAACGGAUCAAGGAUUGCAACAAUGAGAAAGAAAAGGAGCAAAAACUCAUCAAAGAUAAAGAAACAAAACUUCUAUCAGAUGCAAAAACAAUCAGCGAAAUUGUUUCUAAGAAGAUCAAAGAUCUAACUAUUAAGAGUCAGCAUGUCAUAAACACUAUUAAGAAUAUUGAAUCCACCAUCACACGUAUAAACCAACAUGAUGAAACAUUGGUGAAUGAAGCUCCUCAAGUACUUGCAUCUAUUGAUGAAAAUUUAAGUUUGAAUGUUCAUCAAGAUGUCAGCGAUUGUCUUGACCGAAUAGAGAGUGAAGUUGAGAGAGUGAAGUUUGUAGAGGGGCAAGUAGGUGGAAAAUACUAUGAUAGAAUUGAUGGGUAUAUUGGUAAAUGGGAACUUGUCAAGUCAAUCCACAUUCCAUCGGUAGUUAAUGAGCCUUUUGUGUGUGGUCUGGUCAGUGAGGAUGAGAUAUGUGUGCUAGACGAUAACAAUGCCAUGUAUGUUACAAACAUCAACACUCAACACACAGAGAAAGUCAUUGAUGUGGGUGUGUGGAUUACAUCAUGUGUGCCCAUAGACAGUAACGUAAUAGUAUGUGGUAAGUUGAGAUGGGAUUGCACCUGUGACAGGUUGGAUGGAUUCAUCACUCUCUAUGACAGACAAUGGAAGGUGAUUAGAGACAUCAACAUACCAAGGAAUGGAGUUGGUUUUCUUUUCCAUAUGGUGUAUGUUGACAGGGAUGGGAUGAUCAUUGCUGCUCAGUCCUAUCAGUCUAAUAUUUACGUCAUCAAUCCUGCUGAUGGUAAGAUAGUAAACACUAUUACGAUGCAGGGUAAGAAGGUGUGGGGUGAGAUACAAGCCUUGUCAUCGGGUGAUAUCGUUGUGAAGACAGGUUAUGAUAAAUACACUGUUAUCUCACGAUCAGGAGAAGAGAAGGCUGUCAUACACUGUGAUGAGUGGGGAUCGUCAUGGUGUCGCGUUGACAAACUGACAGACACACUCUACAUCGCGUACAGGGAUAGAACACGUAGUACCUACGCAGUUGAUCAGGUGUCACGUGAUGGUAUCAUCCAGGCAAGGAGGAUCAUGGAAUACGUGCAAUCAAAGCGCUCUCCAAUCACAGGCCCUUGUCUCGUUACUCCUUCUGGUAACCUUGUAGGAUGUGAUGGAGACAAAUUUCAUCUUUACAAGAAGACAUUCAUCUUGUAAAUCAUCAAGAAUCUCAACAUAGUCUACAGGCACAGACCCUGAUUGAAACUUUGAUCAACAAGUGUGUCUCCACGCAAAGACUAGCACAUACA